GGUGUUUUUGGGUCAUUUCCCCAGGCCUGCUGACCAUGUCCCGCGUGGUGCCCCUCUCCCACUGCGCCGCCACCCUGGGGCUGCUCCUGGCGGGCGUGGCCUGCCUGCGAGGGCUGGGCCGCUGGAGCAACCCCCAGUACGUGGAGUUCAUGGCCGUGCUGGAGGAGAGCCACCGCUCGGGCAGCCCCGAGAGCAAGGCUGCUCCUGGCUCACACCCUGGGCCGCCGGAUGCUGUUCCCGGGCUCCGUGCGGCUGCUGCAGCGAGCGCUGCUGCCCGCCCUGCUCCAGGGGCAGGCUCGCCUCGUUGAGCAGGUGAGAGACCC